AGAUGUUUUGGAUAUGAACCAGGCAACAAGCAAGGCAAGAGACACAGAGGUGUCUGAUUUAACUAACCGGGGAGUUGAACCAUUGACGGACCGGUCGACACACGCAGGUACACCCAGGUCAGUGUAAUUUUACUAUCGUUUGAUAAUACAGCAAGAUAUCAACCACCAAAGGCAGCCCUACGACCGCAAUUACACAUAUGCAUUAAGCAUUCAUAUUUCAUAUAGCACGCCAAGACUGUAGUGACAUCAGAUAACUACUGUGUGGUGUAACAGUCAACGUUAUUCACCGUGUCGCCGUCCUGCUCCAUCCUGGAAAAAACAAGAAUGCCAAACAUAAAAAUAUUCAGCGGUAGUUCUCAUCCGGACCUGUCACAGAAAAUCGCCGACCGUUUAGGACAAGAGCUGGGAAAAGUUGUCACCAAAAAAUUCAGCAACCAGGAGACAUGUGUGGAGAUUGGCGAGAGUGUCCGUGGCGAGGACGUGUACAUUGUGCAGAGUGGCUGUGGCGAAAUAAACGACAACCUGAUGGAGUUGCUCAUCAUGAUCAAUGCGUGUAAGAUUGCCUCCGCAUCUCGAGUCACAGCAGUCAUCCCUUGUUUCCCUUAUGCCCGACAAGACAAGAAGGACAAGGUGGGGAGCCGCGCUCCAAUCUCAGCUAAGCUGGUGGCCAACAUGCUGUCUGUGUCUGGAGCAGAUCAUAUCAUAACCAUGGACCUACAUGCAUCACAGAUACAGGGCUUCUUCGACAUCCCUGUGGAUAACCUGUAUGCUGAGCCUGCAGUGCUGAAGUGGAUCAUGGAGAACAUACACGAGUGGAAGAAUUGCAUCAUCGUCUCUCCUGACGCCGGGGGUGCCAAGAGGGUAACAUCUAUAGCUGAUCGACUCAAUGUGGACUUUGCCCUCAUCCAUAAGGAAAGGAAGAAGGCCAACGAGGUCGACCGCAUGGUGCUUGUUGGAGAUGUGAAAGACAGAGUGGCCAUUUUGGUGGACGAUAUGGCUGACACCUGUGGCACAAUAUGCCAUGCAGCGGAGAAAUUGGUGUCAGCAGGAGCCACUAAAGUUUAUGCCAUCUUGACGCAUGGCAUAUUCUCCGGCCCUGCCAUCUCCAGAGUGAACAACGCCAGCUUUGAGGCCGUGGUGGUCACUAACACCAUCCCCCAGGAGGACAAGAUGAAACACUGCAGCAAAAUACAGGUGAUUGAUAUCUCAAUGAUUUUGGCUGAAGCAAUCAGACGAACACACAACGGAGAGUCUGUUUCCUACUUAUUCAGCCACGUUCCAUUGUAAUACCCACCAUUCGCCUCACACACACACACACACACACACACACACACACAGUACAUAUAAACAUUCAUGUGUACUUCACAUGGGUACUCCAAUGGCCUAUGGACUCCCCUGUCCACUAUGCUGUCCACUCCCACACUGUCAUAAUGCCAUUUAUAUCCACAUUGUAGUGAUUUGAUGCUGCCAGUUUGGUUGCCUUGACAACUUGUUACAAAUAUGUUUGUUAUGUGAUGACUACACAAGUGUUUGUUUACGCAACAAAAGUCAAGGAUUUGACCCUGGGGACUGGAAACCAAGGAGGACAAGGAAAGUGAGGAAAUGCUUCCACAGCCUCUGUGGCUGCCAUAAAAAAGGAACUCUUGUUAGUUUUUGUUAUAUAUUUGACUUUUCUCCCUCUCUAGAUUUAGGAUGUUGUUAAUGUUGUGGUUUAUGUUUUUAUUGUGUAUAUUUUUGGUUGCAUAGCUGUUAGUUUUGUCUGUUGCUGCUUAAAGACAGUGCAGCCUUUCUCUCUGCAUGAAGCUGCACCAGUCACUCGGUACAAGUGUCUUCAAAGACUAACUGGAUAUGUGACAGCUGGAGACUUAACAUUGUUUAUCAAACAGUUUCCAAUCCAUAUGGCCAUCGCUUGUGUGAUUCAGCCAACUAACACACCACAUACAAUACGAAUAUAUGAUAGACUAGAUUACAUACAUGUUAUUUUAAAUCAUGCAGCCAUUGUCUGGAUGCAUGUUUCCUUAUUUUUUAUGAGAGAAGAAGAAGCCGGUUGCCUUAAAGCGGAGAAGAGGUUGUCUCUUACGAGGGUGGGAGAGAUCACUCAUCUCCAUCUGGAGAGCUACAGUAUGUGUGUGAAUAAAUCAUCUCAAGUUUUUCAACUCUA